AUCAUUAAUUUUGAUUUGUUUCCAAAUACAGCUGAAAAAUAAAAAAUAAAAGGCAAAAGGACUGCCUGUGGAGAUUUUGUUUUGCGCUGGGGGCUGCAUUCGACUUUCGUUCACUUCUUUGGGACCAAUAUUGCAUCAUAUCGAUGCAAUCACGUUCUUCGCUGAGGCACUUUCCUGGGAGGGGGGCGGGGGUCCAGUGUGUGAUUCCCCCCCACCCCCCCCCCCCUUCCGGAGCGUCAGUGAGUAGCGUCUGGUCUCCGGGGGGGGGGUUUAAACGUCACCGGGUAGUAGGAAGUGGGUGGUUGUAUCUGCGCUUAGAAUGGAGUCGGGGAGGCGGCGGAAAGGGUGCAAGACAAUGACACGAAGCCGCGCGCGCGUGAGGGGCGCCGUGAGUGGAACGCAUCGCCCGUUGUGCGUGGAGGCCGCUUCCGUGGAACUGGAGCUGAAAGCUGCCGCAGCGGCGUCGCCUUUCUGUGCCGUCGAUCGGGCGUGAUGAGGAUGAGGAUGAUGCGUUCGGCGAGCUCCUCCACGCUGUCACUCCCGUGGAUUUCUGGACCCGACGCCGGUGGUGCUUUUUUUUGUUUUGUUUUUUUUUUUUUUUUUGUUCCCCACGAGAGUGCCACAGCGUUAGACUUGCAUCGAAUUGAUCCACGCCCGACGCUCGCGUUACAGGACAAUCUUUGUCAUCGUGAUUUCUACUCCAUUGCUUGGUAAAGCAUGUCCGCUCCGGCUUCCAUUUUUGUUUAUUUUUUGCUAUAUUGACUCGCGGAGCUUGCUGAGUGGAAGUCACGUGACAUCGUGGCGUCGUCCCGUGAACUCGCUUAAGACAAACUACAGGGGGCCGAGACACCCUCCGGGUGGUGUCACCAUGGACGACUCUGGCAUCAUUCGAAGACGAAGGCUCCAGAAGGAUCUUCCACUGCCACGGAAAAGCAGCAGCUGCCGGACGAGCAACAGGAAAAGUCUCAUCCUGACCAGCACGUCCCCCACCCUGCCCAGGCCUCACUCGCCGCUGCCCGGGCACAUCGGAAGCAGCCCACUGGACAGUCCACGCAAUUUCUCACCGAGUGGCCCCGCCCACUUCUCUUUUGCCUCGGCAAGGAGGCCCGACGGUCGUAGAUGGUCGCUGGCUUCGCUGCCGUCCUCGGGAUAUGGCACCAAUACGCCAAGUUCGACGUCGUCCAGCUCGUCGCAGGAACGUCUGCACCAGCUGCCCUUCCAGCCCACCAUGGACGAGCUGCACUUCCUGUCCAAGCACUUCGGCAGCACCGAGAGCAUCACGGACGACGACGGGGGCCGACGCUCGCCGCACGUCCGUCCUCGCUCUCGGAGCCUCAGCCCGGGGCGCUCGCCGUCCUGCUACGACAACGAAAUCGUGAUGAUGAACCAUGUGUACAAGGAGCGCUUCCCCAAGGCCACCGCGCAGAUGGAGGAGAGGCUAGCAGAGUUCAUCCACAACUACUCCCCGGAGAGCGUUCUGCCUCUGGCCGACGGCGUGCUGAGCUUCAUCCAUCACCAGAUCGCCGAGCUGUCCAGAGACUGCCUGACCAAAUCGCGAGAGGGCCUCAUCACCAGUGUUUACUUCUGCGAGCUUCAGGAAAACCUGGAGAAGCUCCUGCACGACGCGUACGAGCGCUCGGAGAGCUCGGAGCUCACCUUCGUCAUCGAGCUGGUCAAGAAGCUCUUCAUCAUCAUAUCUCGGCCGGCCAGGCUGCUGGAGUGCUUGGAAUUUAAUCCGGAAGAGUUCUACCAUCUGUUGGAGGCCGCCGAGGACCACGCCAAGGAGGGCCAGUUGAUGAAGGCGGACAUCCCUCGAUACAUCAUCAGCCAGCUCGGGCUCACGAGGGACCCCCUGGAAGAUAUCGUGAGCCUGGACAGCUACGACAGCGAAGGUCCACACACGCCGGAGACGGACGACUCAGCGGAGGGUAAAGGGAGAGCCAUCAAGCCACCGAGUGAGGAGGACUUUCAGAACAUCAAACUAAUCAGCAACGGCGCAUACGGGGCCGUGUACCUGGUCCGCCACAGGGAGACCCGACAGCGCUUCGCCAUGAAGAAGAUCAACAAGCAGAACCUGAUCCUGAGGAACCAGAUCCAGCAGGCCUUCGUCGAGAGAGACAUCCUCACCUUUGCCGAGAACCCCUUUGUGGUUUCCAUGUUUUGUUCCUUUGAAACGCGAAGGCACUUGUGCAUGGUGCUGGAGUACGUGGAGGGUGGUGACUGCGCCACCUUGUUGAAGAACAUCGGCGCGCUCCCCGUGGAGCUGGCCAGGAUGUACUUUGCCGAGACCGUUCUGGCGCUGGAGUACCUGCACAACUAUGGCAUCGUUCACCGGGACCUGAAACCGGACAAUCUAUUGAUCACCUCCAUGGGCCACAUCAAGCUGACCGACUUCGGUCUGUCCAAAAUGGGCCUGAUGAGCCUCACCACCAAUUUGUACGAAGGACACAUCGAGAAAGACGCCAGAGAGUUCCUGGACAAGCAGGUGUGCGGCACCCCGGAGUACAUCGCGCCCGAAGUGAUCCUCCGUCAGGGCUACGGGAAACCUGUGGACUGGUGGGCGAUGGGCAUCAUCCUCUACGAGUUCCUCGUGGGCUGCGUGCCCUUCUUUGGAGACACUCCUGAGGAGCUUUUUGGGCAGGUCAUCACUGACGAUAUGGUUUGGCCCGAUGGCGACGACGCCUUGCCCGAGGAGGCGCAAGGGCUCAUCUCCGCCCUGCUGCAGACCAACCCUCUCAUGAGGCUGGGCACAGGCGGAGCGUUUGAAGUGAAGGAGCACCCGUUCUUCACGGAGCUGGACUGGAACAGUUUGCUGCGGCAGAAAGCCGAGUUCGUCCCUCACCUGGAGUCGGAGGAGGACACCAGCUACUUUGAUACGCGCUCCGACCGUUACCACCACAUCAACACGUACGACGGGGACGACACCAACGACGACGAGCCGGUGGAGAUCAGGCAGUUUUCCUCCUGCUCCCCUCGAUUCAGCAAGGUGUACAGCAGCAUGGAGCAUCUCUCCCAACUGGAGCAGAAAGCGUCCUCGUCCGUGUCCCGUCGGGAGCACAAGGGCGCGAGGGACGACAAGGUGACCAAGAGAGAGAGUCUGGGGAGCUUCAGCGUGAGGGACAAGAGUUGGAGGACUGGAUCUCCCGAAAUGAAGCGCCUUUCCUGCUCUGAGUCGCUCUACAUGGACGGCGACGCCAGCCCUCCUCUCGGCGCGCGGCGCCGCUUCUCGGCGCUGAUGGACACGCAUCGCUUUGCCUCCCCCAUCGAGGGCGAACCCGAAUUUGCGUCCAGGCCGACGCCCAUCAGGGUCCGGGGGACCUCCCUGGACGGGACCGGUGUCCCCUCAAUACACCACAUCGAGCCCAGGAGCAGUUUGAAAGAGCUGAAUGGCGCAGACAAGUCGCCCAAGCAAGGAGAGACGCCCGGAGUGGUGAGCGUCAACACGUUAGCUCCGGCGGCAGUCGCGCGAGACGUGAUGACGCCUCUGUACGACCCGCUCGGGGCUCGGGCCGCCAACGACCUGGUCCUCAGGAGGGCGCGUCACUCGCAUUUGUCCGGCGACGGCGAGAAACGUAACUCCAGAGCUGGCAACAAGGUCAUCAAAUCCGCCUCGGCGACAGCGCUGUCCGUCAUCAUACCGUCUGUGGAGCAGCAUGGCGGUUUCUCUCCAUUGGCCAGUCCCAUGUCGCCCCACUCGUUCUCGUCCAAUCCCUCAUCCCGCGACUCUUCGCCCAGUCGGGACUUCUUCCCGACAGUCAGUGUGCUGCGCUCGCCCAUCACCAUCCAUCGCUCGGGAAAGAAAUACGGCUUCACCCUGAGGGCCAUCAGGGUGUACAUCGGCGACAGCGACAUCUACAGUGUGCAUCAUAUAGUCUGGCAUGUGGAGGAAGGCGGCCCGGCCCAGGAAGCCGGCCUGUGCGCGGGCGACCUCAUCACCCAUGUGAACGGUGAGCCGGUCCACGGUCUGGUCCACACUGAGGUGGUCGAGCUCAUCCUCAAGAGCGGCAACAAGGUGACAGUGACGACCACGCCGUUCGAGAACACCUCCAUCAAAGUGGGUCCGGCCCGCAAGGCCAGUUAUAAGUGCAAGAUGGCGCGGAGACACAAGAGGACCUUGGGCAAAGACGGCCAGGACAGUAAGAAGCGAAGCUCGCUGUUCCGCAAGAUCACCAAGCAGUCCAACCUCCUGCACACCAGCCGCAGUCUGUCCUCUUUGAAUCGCUCGCUGUCCUCCAGCGAGAGUCUUCCCGGCUCGCCCACGCACAGCCUCUCUGCCCGUUCCCCGACUCAAGGUUACCGCUCCUCUGCUGAGACGUCGUACCUGGGUGCGUCAUCGCAAAGCAGCUCCCCAGCAUCCAGCACUCCAAACUCGCCCGCCCCCUCCCAGCACAUGAGGCCCAGCUCCCUCCACGGCCUGUCCCCGAAACUGCACCGCCAGUACCGCUCUGCCCGUUGCAAGUCUGCCGGCAACAUCCCCUUGUCCCCGCUGGCCCACACCCCGUCCCCCACCCAGUCCUCGCCCCCUCCCUUGCCGGGUCACAUCGUAGGAAGUUCCAACACCACCCAGUCCUUCCCCGUCAAGCUCCACUCGUCACCCCCGGUGGUCCGUCCGAGGCCGAAGAGCGCCGAGCCCCCUCGCUCGCCGCUUCUGAAGCGCGUGCAGUCGGCCGAGAAGCUGGGCUCGCCUCUGACGCAGUCCGGCGCGACGGGGGGACUCGGGGGUCCGCUGAGGAAGCACAGCCUCGAAGUGCAGCAUUCCGAGUACCGCAAGGACGCCUUCCUGUGCGAACUGGGCCUCCAGAGUCUGCUGGAGACAGACGGCGAGAGCUUGCCCCCGAAUCCUCCGCCGCUGCCGUGCUCCUCGUCCUCCGCGGGCCCGGAGACCCGCGCCCUGAAGCCCGCCAGGAGAUUAGGCAGGCAAGAGUCGCCGCUCAGCAGGGAGACGCUGCUGGCUGGCAGAGAAAGGGAAGAGAAGGAGAGGGGACGGGAGAGAGAGAGGGAGACCGCCAGCGAGUCGGUCCAGGAGAGGUUGAGCCGCGUCGAAGCGGCGGCGCUCCAGACAUCCUUGGCGAGGAGACGUCAAGCGGAGCCCCCCAACUCGAGACCGACCGGAGAAACCGCGACUGCGGCUACAAGCAACGCCGCCAAAACAGCUGAAGGUGUGGAUGGCCACAAGGGGGCUGAGAAGAUCAUCCAGCGCCCGACCCCCAAGCAACUGGACCUCAAGGCGGCCAAAAGUAUGCUGUUCGGUUGUAAAUCGCCUCAAGAGAACCUCGGAGGAGGUGCCAGGGAACCAAAGCAGGGGGUCAACGCUAAUAAUUCUCCGUGUUUGAGGAAGAACUCGGCCGCUACUCCUGACAAAGUCGUCAGCACGUCACUGAUCGGGAGUCCGUUGGCUUUGCGGAAAGCCUUUAAACCCUCAGCGAUGGGGGACAGCCUGAGAAAAGCCGAGAGCAGUGACUCAAGGACUUCGGACCUGAGCUCCAAGAGCCCCAAACUGCCGGCUCGGAUCCUCGCUCCCGCGGUCCCCCCGCACGGGCCGCAACUGAGCCUGGGCAAAGUCAGGCAGGGUCUGGGGCCCGUCAACUGCUAUCGGGGAACCCUGGACUGGGAGGACAAAUGUCGGCUGGAGGUUCUCGAGGAGCAUUCGCCGUCCCCUUCGCCGUCCCCGACCGCGGUCACCCCGUCCCUCUGCGGCCCGUCGCUAUGUAAGUCGCGGCCCGUCUCCCCCGGCGACAAGACCAGCUUCGUCAGCCAGCUGACCACCGUGGCCAAGAACGUGCUGGGCCCGAUCAAGCUGGGCUCCCAGGAAGGCUCCAGGAGCAAAGAGCAGCAGACCAGAACGGCGGACGAGAAGCAGCCCGCCGGGGCCGGAAGGAGCGACCCCCCGGGACUGGGGGUCCGGGGCCUCGUGGCCGCGGUGACGCAAAGCCCCGCGACUUCGUCCCAAGAGAAGCCGACCCAACCAAAAUGCGGAACUGAAUCCACAAACUGAAAUGCCUUCGUUGGAUGAACAAUGCAACGCCAGUCAAGCACUUCAAACGUUGUACAUUCCAAUUUUAGAGCUUAUCAAAUCUUAUUUAUUGAUUCCAAUCAUGGACCGCCUCUUCCUCCGAGCAGGAUGAGAACAAUCCACUAUAAAGGUGCAUUCACUUUUGAUUAUUUUAAUAAGAAGAUUCUUAAAGUAUUGUGGAAGACUUUAUCAGAUGUCUAUAUGUGUGAGUCCACGUGGAUGCAUGUCCUGUGGUAUGUUCUGUACGCGUAAACUAGCUAGAAGAAGGUGGGAAAAGUGCUUUAGUCAUCCAAACUGUGAAGACCGUUUUUGGCCGAAAUCGCGCCGCAAGGUUUGCUUUCGACAACGAGCACGAGAUCAGCGACGAGACGCCGGCUCCCGUUUAUCCUGCCUGUUAUUCCAACCCGGCGCCGUCGGAACGUGUCUAUCAUUGGCGGUUCUGGCGCCGACGGAGCUGAAGCUCGGCGCUUCUCUCCUCCUCGCAGGAGGCCCCCGCCGCUGCCGGGUCGGCGUUUGAAUCUGGAGCCCCGCGCCGUGUUGAAACGCGUUCGCCUCAAAGCGGGCCUAGUCGUGAGUCGCCAGUGACGAGCAACUGGAACUAAAACGAUCGGUCGCCCGUUACAUUCACUGGGUUUCGUUUGUUCCCGCCGAGUAAAAACUAAUCGCUUACGAUUGCGUUUGCGGGCGCGCUUACGAUGCUGUCGCCGAUCGGGACCGCACUCGCGCACGCUUGACCUCCGAGCUGUAGAUUGCUUGACUCGCAAUCGUGAGCACGAUUACGCCAUCAGGUCCAGGACGAACUUUGCGUCUUUUUGGACCCAAACACGGCCAAAUGUGAUUUGUGAUGUGCUUGAACUCCGGACUACGAUUUCGUCUAAAUCAGGGGAACAGUGUGGAAAUUAUUACAAGAGGGUCCUGCCACCUUUGAAGGGACCCGGGCGUAAUGGGGGUCAGGAGGCUGGACUCGGUUGGUACGUGCCGUUGACAAGACGCAGAUAAAAUGUCUGCGGUUCGCCUCAAGUGUGUCUUUUUGCAUUUUUAAAGUUAUCGCUCUCGGCGAAGCGAGCCGCCGUGAGGCUAAAAAUCCAAACAAACCCGUCGGAGAUCGCUGUCGGAUCUGCCGUGUCAAAAAGACGAGUCCUCAUAUUUAGCCACCUGACUGUUAUUUCCCCCCCGUGGCAAAUAUGCCGCAGCCUGAAAGAGUUCAGGACGGUUCGAGUGCGGACCAAACGCGGCCGGGACACCGCAACGCCGUACGGGAGAAGUCGACCCGGUGUGAGCGCGUACACGGGCGCCGUCCGUUUUGAUCGUCGGUGACGUUCUCCCUCCCGCCAGUUAUCAACUUGAAUAAUCAUAUAAAACCAUACUGGGGCAACACGGACAAAAGAAAUCAUGGAACCGCCUGAGUCCAAAUUUGAUAAGAACUUGCAAUUUUACUCUGAGAAAUAUAUGAAUUUUGACAAAAAUAAGGGUUUUCAUUUUAUUUGAUCAAUUUUUUAAACAAAUAUUGUAUGACAUAAUACAACACGUGCAUUACGUAUUGUAUUAUGAUUUUGGGAGAGACAUUUCGUUUCUCUUGUAAGGGGCUUGAGGGGUUUGUUACUAAAGUGUAAAAAAACAUAAUAAGGCAGGCAGUCGACCCGCCACACUGCCGCAGCCAUUUUUCUUUAGGUUAUGGCAAAUGUUUGUCACAUGACUCCCGUAGGCCAAUAGGAGACGAGUGUGACACAUAACCAUUAACUUAACUAUAGAGCUCGUGCACCUACGUCAUCAAAUCACGUGACUUUUGUUUACGUCGCCAUAUUGACGGUCAAGUUAAGCGUUGCUAAAUGCUAACUCGGUUGGAGACGACACGGAAAUAUGUCUUAUAGCGCGACGCCCAGAGUCUUGUCCGAUACCGUCAGACAUUUAGAAGGUGGAAAUAAACGACGGUACGUGGAAAAAUGAGACCGACUCGCCAUAGAGGACCCGUAUUUAAUGCCGAAGUCGACGUUUUCGCCGAUAAGAAAUUGGACCGUUAAUUCGCUUCCGCUUGUCUUGGACAACUGGAUCUACACACGGAUCUGGUGAGGAAGUCGUCGAGAUUUACACGGACAAGUUUGAAAGUCUGGACGCAUACGAAUACUUUGUUGCUGGAUUUGUUCUCAUCGGGAAUUAAUCCCACAUACUGACGGUUUUGACGGCUCGUUGAAUGCGGAAGCGUGUUCGGCCACACGUUAACCUUUACCGGAAUCCAUUGAUCUUUUCAGACAGUUUUCAAUACAAAUACCAAUAUUUCAAUAAAUGAGCCCUGGUUUUACACAAACUGACAUUCAUUAACAAUGAUUGGAAAAAAGAAAAAAAAAACGAGGACGGAGUCGACUCCACGGAAUGUACACGGAAGCGAUUGCGGCCACAAGUUAACAUCCGUAAACCUCUCUGCGACAGACGGUUUAUUUUCUUUUAUUUAAUACGCAUUGUUCUUAAAUGAGCCAACGUGUCAUUAUAAAUACUUUUUGGUAAUUUGAGAUUGAUGAAAAUUAUUCCUACCUGAAAUGAAGCGAUCGGUACACAAGCGCGUCUAUAUUUUGGUCGGGCAUCAUCCUUCCCGUUUAAGUGCCAAAAUCCAUCGAU